AGGUGGGUCUGGUUGUCGUGGCAACCAAUUGGCACCGAAGUGUGGAGCUGCGCUGUUGCCCCGCCCCCUGUACAAAUACCCCCAUGGCUUUGACGUCAAUGCACGUCAGGCGGAGAACAUGAUGCCUCUUUGCGAGGCAAGUCGUGUGCGCUGCCUGAUAGAGGGGACCUAGAGCUGAAACAUUAGAGGACCAUUGUGGCCGCAGGAAGGUGACAUACAAGGUUUGCCCCCAAUCCACCUACGCCCCCCAAAAAAGAGAGACAGAGAAAGAAAAUGGACCUCCUCGUGUCGCCGCCGCUUUGAAAGAAGACCCCGACAAUCCAGUAAAGUCUAUUUUUUAAUGGACACGCUUCGAAUGGCGGCGGCGACUGGUGGUUAGUUUGGCUUUUUGACCAGCUCAAGGAAGCCCGUGUGAGGACCACCCCCCACCUCCCACUCCAAGUAGCGUGUGUCCCAGCUUGUGUGGUUUUUGUUACCUCCUCGUCGUCCGCCGCCGAGACAGUCCCGUCGAGAACAGCAUGGUCAUGGCUGACAGCGUCCAGAAACCGCUGCUCCGGGGUCCGGUCCGUGUGGGCUUCUACGAUAUCGAGCGCACUUUAGGAAAGGGCAACUUCGCCGUCGUCAAACUGGCCCGACAUCGCAUAACCAAGACGGAGGUGGCCAUUAAAAUCAUUGACAAGACCCAGCUGGAUGCGGUCAAUCUUGAGAAGAUCUACAGAGAAGUUCAGAUCAUGAAGAUGCUGGACCAUCCGCAUAUCAUCAAGCUCUACCAAGUGAUGGAGACCAAGAACAUGCUUUACCUGGUCACGGAAUAUGCCAAGAAUGGGGAAAUCUUCGACUACCUGGCUAAGCACGGCCGACUGAGUGAGAUGGAGGCCAGGAGGAAGUUCUGGCAGAUCUUGUCAGCGGUGGAAUAUUGUCACAACCGCAAAAUCGUCCACCGGGAUUUGAAGGCAGAGAAUCUGCUGCUGGAUGGCCACAUGAACAUUAAAAUUGCAGACUUUGGAUUUGGGAACUUCUUUCAGCCUGGCACACCUCUGGCCACGUGGUGUGGCAGCCCCCCUUACGCGGCCCCUGAGAUCUUCGAGGGCCUACAGUACGAGGGUCCGCAACUGGACAUCUGGAGUAUGGGUGUGGUGCUAUAUGUGUUGGUCUGUGGUGCCUUGCCCUUUGACGGACCCACUUUGCCAGUACUCCGACAGCGAGUCUUGGAAGGAAGAUUCCGCAUCCCCUACUUCAUGACUGAAGACUGCGAGCAUCUGAUCCGCAGGAUGUUGGUCCUGGAUCCAUCAAAGCGUCUUUCCGUAGCGCAAAUCAAAGAGCACAAGUGGAUGGCACUCGAUGUUCCGGUGCAGCGGCCGGUACUAUAUCAGCAGCCUGUCUCUGCUGAGGGCGAGACGGGCGUGGGCGAGUACAGCGAGCAGGUUGUACGUUUGAUGCACAGCCUUGGCAUCGACCAGCAUAAGACUGUCGAGUCUCUGCAGAACAAAAGCUACAACCACUUUGCUGCCAUCUACUACCUGCUGGUGGAGCGGCUCAAGGCCCACCGCUGCAGCUUCCCGGUAGAGCAGAGACUGGAUGCACGUCAGCGGCGGCCCAGCACGAUCGCUGAACAGACUGUCGCCAAGUCGACGAGCAAUUCAGCCCAGGUGGGCUUGCUCCCGCAUGGGGUUCGCCUGCUGCGAUCCCCCGCGGCUCCUGAUGCGUUCACCUUCACCCAGCCCACGUGCGCCCUGGAGCAGAAUUUCAUGGCUGAGGACGUCAACACGCCCAAAGUAAAUGGCUGCUUGCUGGACCCACUGCCUCCCAUCACUGUGCUCCGCAAGUCCUCCACCUCGUCUCCUAGCAACAUGAUGGAAAUGUCGAUUGAUGAGGGCAUCGAGACCGAAGAGCCCGACACAGAGGAGGAUGCGCCCCACCUGUCUUUGGCCUAUCUGGCUGCUCGUUUCGGACAGAGGCGUCACACACUCUCUGAGGUCACUAACCAGCCAGGAACGUCAAACCAGGGUAAACUAUUUGCUCUGGGUCACAACCCCUCCACGGGCAGCAUGGAUUCUGACAUGGGCUACGACAUGGGCUCCAUGCACAGCGACCUCGGCUUGCUUGAGGACGCCCCGUCGCUCAAUGAAGUGGUGCUGGCCAACAACACGACUUCCCGCGUCCCCCCUACCACCUUCCUGAGCACUCGGCCAGCCAACCCAGCAAUGGCCGCCCUGACCUCGCAACACAGGGACACCCACAACCGUUCACCCAUCAGCUUCAGAGAAGGGCGCCGUGCCUCUGACACCUCACUCACACAAGGUCUGGUUGCAUUUCGACAGCAUCUCCAGAACCUGGCGAGGACCAAAGGCAUCCUGGAGCUGAACAAAGUCCAGAUGCUGGUGGAGCAGAUGGGCUCCGGGGAAGUGGCUGCCAUGGGCCCCCCAGGACCCCAGCACCACUUGCACAACCUCCUUGAGACUGAGGCAACCAAGCAACAGGAGGCCCCGACCUUAUACCAAAGUGGGCCGCAGCCGCCUCUCCUGUCUCGCAGACAAAGUUUGGAGACGCAAUACCUCACCCAUCGUCUGCAGACCGGCGUUUUGGCAAACAGUCCUGCAAGCUGCCAAAUGUUCUGUAAGGAGUCCCCCCGAAGUUUAGAGCAACAACUGCAAGAACACCGACUGAACCAGAAGAGGAUGUACCUUCAGCAGUCGCAGGGUCUGGGCCUGCCCGUCUAUUUCAAUCAGAUGCAGAUCGCUGAAGGGUCCUAUGAAGCGGGUGGAGGGUCCUAUGAAGCGGGUGGCACCCCUCUCGAUCCCGCAGCCACCCAGAACUCCCCCCAGAUGCCCCCGAUGUCGACCGGCGGCCCCCAAUCUCAGUCGCAGCCACAGGCCUCGCCGCCAUACAGCCACCCCCACAGCCUGAGCCCCCUUCUGGAACCAGGGGAGGGCACUCUUUAUGAGCCCUACUUGAGCCACCACCACUAUGCCCAGCACGUGCCCCCUGUCCCCCACCUUCAACACCACUCCCUCCAUCCCCUCCACCCCCUCCAUCACCAAUCACCUCAAGAAACCUCAGCGACCAGACUUGGCUUCUGCUACCCUGUAGAGCAGCAGGCCCAGUGCCCCUCCGCUGAAGCCCUGUCCCCAGGCCAGUAUGAGUUCCCCCUAGACCUGGGCCGGCUCCCGCCUCCCGUCAUAGGAGAGGCGGAGGGCCCCAGGGCGGAGGCCUCGGGCAACCUUGGCCAGCCCGAGGGUGUGGUUCUGGCUGAGCUGCAGAGCCCGCACCUUGACAGUGAGAUGAUGGAGACGGUGGACUCCCAGCACGGCUUUGUGCUGGUCAACUGAAGCCUCGCGAGUGCCCAGUUUGAAGCAGUAUUAAGCCCGGAGAUCUUGAACAGCAGAGAGAUUUGGAGACACCGGCGAAAGCAACGGGGGAAAGCGCUGAUUUUCGUACGAUGAAGGAAAACUGAAUCGCAUACUUGGAGUGACCCUCUGAGAACCUUUCGUACCAAAAUCCCUCCCUUAGCUGACCCCCCACCCCCACCGCAUCAGACGAGCGGGGAACGGGCCGGUGCAGUCGGAACACUUCUCACGUCGCCGUGGCGAGGCUACUCCAGUGGCAGCCAUCGUGGCCCUAGGAAGACGGCGACAACAACAAAGAUGACGAUAAUGUGCAGCAUUUCACACAGAGAUGAUUUGGAAGUGAGCUCUUUUGGGACUGACUGGCAACCAAAAGCACAAAACAGCUGGCAGAAUGGCAUGUUGCUUGAGCACAAGAUAUCGUUGAUAUCUAGCUUAUGGUCCGCGUAGUAGUCUGUUUGUUGCCCUCACCAGUAUGACAAUUCAAGCCGUUUGAGCAUUUAUUAGUUAUUCUUCAUAUCCAUUUUAAAGACCCCUUUAAUGCGAAUUCUGAGAGUUUCUAAGUACAUUCUCAAUGUGUGAAGGUAAUUGCUGAAAACGUGCAAACUGGGAAUUGCAGUGAGAUAGCGUUUUUCACACUUUCAGUUUUCCUCGUUUUUUAAAAUUUCUUUGAAUCCCUCCCCCUGGCUAAAUUGGCCCCCAGUGACGCACUUCAGCAUCGGGUACGAGUCACCCCUCGCCCGGUCUUUAUGUAUUUGAGUGCCUUCCUUCGCAGCAGUGGUUAUCCAGCGCAAUUGUGAGAGUUACUUAAGUUGUUAUUACUAGACCCCAACCCUGUUAGCUCACGAGCUAGUUGGUCGUUGGAGCCUCUCGUUGCAUCGUGGAAAGCCCCCACAAUGACCCAGUGAGAUAAAUUUCAGCCACCGGAGGCUUUCAGGGGAUAUUUUUGCCAGUCAAACAUAUUUCGGGAUGUGUAGGUACAAGAAUAAUGAUGAGUAGGCUCGCAUCCGUUUUUCAGUUUUUCCAGUCAUACUCGUGGUAAUUGAUUGACAGCUGAGCGGGUGUGGUUUCAGCAGACACUCCCACAGCAUUUUCUUUUUUUUUUUUUUGUGAAGCUUCAUUUUGUAUUCUUGACAAUAUUUUUUUCAUUGUUCGUCUGUCGCCGUGUGACAUUUGGAAGACAUUUUUAUUUUCACAUUACGGGGACUUUUAGGUCCAUGUACUGGGUUUUGUCGUCAGUAGUAGGACACCUCUGGCAUAUUUAUACGUUUAUUCAACAUUCAGUAGUGAGUGCACUUAUUUAUGACAGAAAACUCGUGCACUGUGAAUAAUAUCAAUGAGAUAUCCUUAGUAUCCAUCUUAAGGUCCCUCUACUAUUAUGAGCACACUCUUUGCCCUCACUAAAAGGACAACUUUAGCCUCUGACUAGGACAGCCACAUGUUACUCGAGAGGCAAAGCUGCAGUAGUUGAAAACAGCCUGCUCCCAGUAUUACGAGUGGAGCGCCAGAUUGACUAGAACUGGUUGAAAUACUUCAUUUCAGUAGUACUGCUAGUAGCACAGAGUUGUCAAAUGGCUUGCCAUCUCGCCGUUCAAGCAUUUAUUUGCAGUGGUUCAGAUUUCGUCAUAAUUCACUGCACUAGUAGGAUAUGAACUAAAUGCUCAAAUAACUCAAGGCGACGAGUGAGACCAAUGAGCAAACUGGUACACGGACCUUAAAAUGGAUAUCAAGGAUAUGGAUUACCAGUAAGUGCUCAAACGGCUUGCCAUAGGUACUGUUGUUGUUCUGCUAAAAGAUGACGGCUUGGACAACAACCGUAAGUAGCCUUUAGACACUUUUUAGUGGCGAGAGAAGACAAUGGCCCUCAUUACAUCACGAAACACAAUUUCAGGUAUCGCUUUGCCCUCUCGCAGGUCGGACAGUGGCGGGCACCGUGCUCGUCUUGACCACUUGCAACACUAACAAUGACAGUAUUUUGACGGGAGGACUCGCCGAGUGGAUGACGACGCACACAGAACAUUUCUCUCGUCAGUGUUUCCCUUUGCAACUACUGAACUAACACUACUGACAGGCUUCUCCACUCUCAAACACGAGGAGCGCUUGAUUUACGGCUCACGGUAAAUGAGGACUCCCGUAGUGAAUGUUUGGCGACAACUUAUUUUUAACCUUUUUGUGGCAAUACUGAAGCAAUAUUAAUCCUCUGUGAUAACCAUGAAGAUGAUGAUGAUGCACCUCAUCUGUGCAGCUCACUCUCAUCUGAUUCGUUGUACGGAAUUGAUGACAUCAGGUGCGCAGAUGUGAGAGGGGUUUUUUUUUGUUCGUUUGUUUUGGUUUUUUUGCACAAAUCGGAGCGAAUGUCACGUGACUGAAAAGGACGAGACGCUUUUUAGUGAACGAAUGUAACGGAUGACGCCCCGUGCGACCGCUUUUGGGAUGGACAAUCAAGGGGCCGUUGGGAUGAGAGACGCUUAUUUUAUUCUUUAGUUUUAGCAACACUCAGACUGUGAUGAAUACAGUAGAAGUAUCGUUCCGACAGGUGACAUUUUAAGUGUUUGUGUGCGCGUGCGUGUGUGUGUGUGUGUGUGGUCAAAUCAAAUUGAAAAGUGAUUUUUGUUUUUUGUGUGUGUUUUUUUUUUUUUUCCAACAAAGUCAGGUGUCUUCAGUACGCCAACCGUAGCAACAAUGGCGGACUUCAAGGUCAAAUUCACCAUAAGGCUCGUUCACAUUAUUUGAAUAUCUAUGAAGAGCAAUAGACACCCAUCACCCGUGACCGAGGACUAUUUGGGGCCAAGCUGAAAAGUAACCAAAGGAAGGGAUUAAAUCCCCAAGAUUUUUAGGACAGCCAUAAAGAUACAAGAAAAAAAAAGUUGUCAUUUUACAAAGAGUUCAUGUUGGAAGAGUAUCAAUUUUACGAUAGUCAUACAAUCAUAAAUAAAGUUCUAGUUUAAAAAACGGUGAGGUUACUGGAAAAAAAACGUUAAAAUUCCACAGGAAAAGUCGAAGUAGUACAGUGAUCCUCUCACUUAUCGCGGUUAAUGGGGACCGAGACCUCCCACGAAAGAGGAAAAUCCGCGAAGUAGGU